AUGCCGGGCUUAUGGCUCGGAGGCAGCAUCCCGACAUGGCGGGUCGAGGAGCAGCUUUCGCCAAACUGGCACCGCAGGGCAGGGCGCCUCGAUGGAGACCUCGAACUGGCUUCUGCUGGGCUGCUGAACGGCCCGUUCCUGGAAGCGCCGCCGCAGUCCUGGAACUGGGGGCGUGCAGGGACAACCCCAGCACAACUGCCAGGGGCUCCCGCCACUCCAGUGGGCUGCUGUCCAGAUGGCUGGGCUGGCUACGAAAGGAGAUGCUACCAUUUUGCCGAGGCAGAGAAGAACUGGACAUCCAGCAAGUCCGACUGCUCCUCCCUCAACGCCUCUUUGACAGUAGUCGACUCCCAAGAAGAGAUGAACUUCCUGAGACGCUAUAAAACUCCUGCUGACUACUGGAUUGGCCUCCGAAGAGAUCUAGAAACAGAUCCCUGGAGAUGGAUCGAUGGUACCAUUUUCAACAACUGGUUUCCAGUCGGUGGACUAGGAGAAUGCGCUUACGUGAACCAGAGAGGCAUCGCCAGCUCCAGCUGCGCCAUAGAGCAAGCCUGGAUCUGCAGCAAGCCGGCAAGCAGGUGACGAUCCGCACGCCUGGCGCUGCGUCGCACCAGCUCUGCCCUCCCCCUGCCCACGGCUCCCAGGUAAUGACAAGUCGCGUCUCCCUGCAGCCGCCGCCGCCACCGAAGGGCCCAGGUUACCUUUGUGCUGUGACGGCCGCAGCCUUGCAAUGUGUGUCGGUGGGCCUGCCUGCGAACGUUGGCUGGGGAGACCGACCCGCCUGGUCUUUCAUGGGCAGUGCUCCGCAUUCGUGCCUUCCGUGCUGCUUGGCACUUUCCCUUUCCCCCAAGAGCAGGAAGUCCAGUGCCGCCAGGGCCCUCUUGCUCAGAAGAGGCAGUGUGACGGGGGUUUGCCCUUUGAAUUGUUUGCCUGCUACCCGGAAAGUAACAGAUGGUCGGGGGCCCAGGUAAAGAGUGAUCUCAUGCCAUGGAAGAAUGAACACCUGUGAUAUCAUGGACUGAGGGCUUUGCUGUCAAUAUUUGCUAUCAACAAAUGGAGGUCAGCUUAAAUGGAUUCUUCCUUCACUAUUUGUUUCGCUUUCAUUGGAGCCUGUGCUUAAUUGCGAGAAAGUUGUAUGUGUUACCUAUAAAUCCAUGUGCUUAUAUUAAAAAAUGGAAAAGAUAAUAAAAGGAUUCUGGUGCCCGCAGGCAUCCGGUGAGAGACCCUUCCCAUGAAGUAUUCCAUGACUGAAGUGCGUGACAAAUGCAACAGGAAGGGAGGACCUGCACCAGGGAGCUUCUGGUGUGAAAUAUUUAUCCUAGCUGGAUCCAGACAUCUUUUCUGGGAGCCUGACAUGCACAUCUCAGUCAGCUGAAUUUCCCCAUCACUCUUCUCAAUGCUUCCUUGUCAUCUCGUUGCAGAGAUACAGUCAGGCUGUGUCGGUUGACGAAAGAAAUGACUUGUUGCUCUAAUAUCAGAACAGAUUUUUCUAGAUCUGAACAAUGGUGACAUGAAUAAGAUCCCCUUAGGGCUCACCCACAUCAUUCCCCUUCUCAGUCUUGCUUUGAACCAGCCACUCCAUACCUUUCCCUGA